GGGAGGAGGUGAGUGUCUUUCGUCGCCUCCUCCUCUCCCCCCUUUUCGCCCCCGCCUCCUUGUGGCGAUGAGAAGGAGGAGGACAGCGCCGAGGAGGAAGAGGCUGAUGGCGGCGGCGGAGCUCCGAGAGACCUCGGCUGGGCAGGGGCCGGCCGUGGCGGGCCGGGGACUGCGUCUCUAGAGCCGCGAGUUCUCGGGAAUUCGCCGCAGCGGACGCGGUCGGCGGAUUUGUGUCCCUCUGCCCUCCUCCGGGCCUGGGCUCAGGCCCGGCCCCUCUCACUUGCCCCUACGUUUCCCUAUCGAGUCCGCAUCCCUCUUCCACCGCGACCCGGCGAAGAGAAAAAGGAACUUGUCCCCACCCGCCUCGGGGGCCGGCGGAGCCCCCUAAGCCCACCCCAGGGAGCGGGGCGGGGAACCCCAGCUGGAGAAGAGAUUUCCCGAGGAUUCUCCUUUUCCUCGCCUGCAUCUCCGAAAGAAUUAAAAAUGGCCGAGAAUGUGGUGGAACCGGGGCCGCCUUCAGCCAAGCGGCCUAAACUCUCAUCUCCGGCCCUCUCGGCGUCGGCCAGCGAUGGCACAGAUUUUGGCUCUCUAUUUGACUUGGAGCAUGACUUACCAGAUGAAUUAAUCAACUCUACAGAAUUGGGACUAACCAAUGGUGGUGAUAUUAGUCAGCUUCAGACAAGUCUUGGCAUAGUACAAGAUGCAGCCUCUAAACAUAAACAACUGUCAGAAUUGCUACGAUCUGGCAGUUCCCCAAACCUCAAUAUGGGGGUUGGUGGCCCAGGUCAAGGUAUGGCCAGCCAGGCCCCACAAAACAGUCCUGGAUUAGGUUUGAUAAAUAGCAUGGUAAAAAGCCCAAUGGCACAGGCAGGCUUGACUUCUCCCAACAUGGGGAUGGGCACUAGUGGACCAAAUCAGGGUCCCACGCCAUCUGCAACAGGUAUGAUGAACAGUCCAGUAAAUCAACCUGCCAUGGGAAUGAACACAGGGAUGAAUGCUGGCAUGAAUCCUGGAAUGUUGAAUGCAGGCAAUGGACAGGGGAUGCUGCCUAAUCAAGUCAUGAACGGUUCAAUUGGAGCAGGCCGGGGGCGACCUAACAUGCAGUACCCAAACCCAGGCAUGGGAAAUGCUGGCAACUUAAUGACUGAGCCACUGCAGCAAGGCUCUACCCAGAUGGGAGGACAAGCAGGAUUGAGAGGCCCCCAGCCUCUUAAGAUGGGAAUGAUGAACAACCCCAAUCCUUACAGUUCACCAUAUACUCAGAAUUCUGGACAGCAGCUUGGAGCCAGUGGCCUCGGUCUCCAGAUUCAGGCAAAGUCUGUACUUCCAAAUAGCUUAUCACCAUUUGCGAUGGACAAAAAGACAGUUCCUGGUGGAGGAAUGCCCAACAUGGGCCAACAGCAAGCCCCCCAGGUCCAGCAGCCAGGCCUUGUGGCUCCGGUAGCCCCGGGAAUGGGUUCUGGAGCGCACACAGCUGACCCAGAGAAGCGCAAGCUCAUCCAGCAGCAGCUUGUCCUCCUCUUGCACGCUCACAAGUGCCAGCGCCGGGAGCAGGCUAACGGGGAAGUGAGGCAGUGCAACCUUCCCCACUGUCGCACCAUGAAGAACGUCCUGAACCACAUGACACACUGCCAGUCAGGCAAGUCCUGCCAAGUGGCACACUGUGCAUCUUCUCGACAAAUCAUUUCACACUGGAAGAAUUGUACAAGGCAUGACUGUCCUGUGUGUCUCCCCCUUAAAAAUGCUGGGGAUAAAAGAAACCAACAGUCAAUUUUGACUGGAGCACCAGUUGGACUUGGAAAUACUAGCUCUCUAGGGGUGGGUCAGCAGUCUGCCCCCAGCCUAAGCACUGUCAGUCAGAUUGACCCCAGCUCUAUAGAAAGAGCCUACGCAGCUCUUGGACUCCCCUAUCAAGUAAAUCAGAUGCCAACACAGCCCCAGGUGCAAGCAAAGUCCCAGCAGAAUCAGCAGUCUGGGCAGUCUCCCCAAGGCAUGCGGCCCAUGAGCAACAUGAGUGCUAGUCCUAUGGGAGUAAAUGGAGGUGUAGGGGUUCAAACGUCAAAUCUUCUGUCUGACUCAAUGUUGCAUUCAGCCAUAAAUUCUCAAAACCCAAUGAUGAGUGAAAAUGCCAGUGUGACUUCCCUGGGUCCUAUGCCAACAGCAGCUCAGCCAUCCAGUACUGGAAUUCGGAAACAAUGGCAUGAAGAUAUUACUCAGGAUCUUCGAAAUCAUCUUGUUCACAAACUUGUUCAAGCCAUAUUUCCUACUCCGGAUCCUGCUGCUUUAAAAGACAGACGGAUGGAAAACCUAGUUGCAUAUGCCCGGAAAGUGGAAGGGGACAUGUAUGAAUCUGCAAAUAAUCGAGCGGAAUACUACCACCUGCUAGCUGAGAAGAUCUAUAAGAUCCAGAAAGAACUGGAAGAAAAACGAAGGACUAGACUACAGAAACAAAAUAUGCUACCAAGUGCUGCAGGCAUGGUGCCAGUUUCCAUGAACGCAGGGCCUAACAUGGGGCAGCCGCAACCAGGAAUGAAUUCUAAUGGCCCUCUGCCUGAUCCAUCUAUGAUCCGUGGCAGUGUGCCAAACCAGAUGAUGCCUCGGAUAACUCCACAGCCUGGUUUGAAUCAAUUUGGGCCGAUGAGUAUGCCCCAGCCGCCUAUUGGGCCCCGGCAGACCUCUCCUCUUCAGCACCAUGGACAGUUAGCUCAGCCUGGAGCUCUCAACCCACCUAUGGGCUAUGGGCCUCGCAUGCAACAGCCUUCCAGCCAGAGCCAGUUCCUUCCCCAGGCUCAGUUCUCAGCACAGGGAAUGAGUGUGACGAAUAUGCCUUUGGCUCCGUCUGGCGGUCAAGCACCCGUGUCUCAAGCACAAAUGUCCAGUUCUUCCUGCCCUGUGAACUCUCCUAUUAUGCCUCCAGGGUCUCAAGGUGGCCACAUUCACUGUCCCCCUCUCCCUCAGUCAGCUCUGCAUCAGAACUCACCUUCUCCUGUACCCAGUCGUACCCCCACGCCUCACCAUACGCCCCCAAGCAUAGGGGCUCAGCAGCCGCCAGCACCAGCAAUUCCAGCUCCUGUUCCUACACCUCCAGCCAUGACGACUGGGCCCCAGUCACAGGCACUGCAUCCACCUCCAAGGCAGACACCUACACCACCACCAACGCAACCUCCUCCCCAAGGGCAGCCUUCACUUCCGGCUGCUCCUGUAGCUGACCCGCCACCACAGCAGCCUCUUUCACAGCAGAGUACAGCAGCCUCCGUUCCCACCCCAUCGGCACCAUUGCUGCCUCCACAGCCUGUGACUCCAACUAAAGCAGAAGGCUGUAAGGUGGAACCUACAGAAACAGAAGAAAGAGGCCCUGAACUAAAAAUUGAACCAAAAGAGGAGGAAGACCAGCCAAGUACUUCCGCUACCCAAUCAUCUCCAGCCCCGGGACAGUCAAAGAAGAAGAUUUUCAAACCAGAAGAGUUACGACAGGCACUGAUGCCAACGUUGGAGGCACUUUACCGACAGGAUCCAGAAUCCCUUCCCUUUCGGCAGCCUGUGGACCCUCAGCUUCUAGGAAUCCCAGAUUACUUUGAUAUUGUGAAAAGCCCCAUGGAUCUUUCUACCAUCAAGAGGAAGUUAGACACUGGACAGUAUCAGGAACCCUGGCAGUAUGUGGAUGACAUCUGGCUUAUGUUCAACAAUGCCUGGUUAUAUAAUCGGAAAACAUCACGGGUGUACAAAUACUGCUCGAAGUUGUCUGAGGUCUUUGAACAAGAAAUUGAUCCAGUCAUGCAAAGCCUUGGAUAUUGUUGUGGCAGAAAGUUGGAGUUUUCCCCACAGACACUCUGUUGCUAUGGCAAACAGUUAUGCACAAUCCCCCGGGAUGCCACUUACUACAGUUACCAGAACAGGUAUCAUUUCUGUGAGAAGUGUUUCAAUGAAAUCCAAGGGGAGAGCGUUUCUUUGGGGGAUGACCCUUCCCAACCUCAAACUACAAUAAAUAAAGAACAAUUUUCCAAGAGAAAAAAUGACACACUGGAUCCUGAACUGUUUGUUGAAUGUACAGAGUGUGGAAGAAAGAUGCAUCAAAUCUGUGUCCUUCAUCAUGAAAUCAUCUGGCCAUCGGGAUUUGUCUGUGAUGGCUGUUUAAAGAAAACUGCACGAACUAGGAAAGAAAAUAAGUUUUCUGCUAAAAGGUUGCCAUCUACCAGGCUUGGCACCUUUUUGGAGAAUCGUGUGAAUGACUUUCUAAGGCGACAAAAUCACCCUGAAUCAGGAGAGGUCACUGUUCGAGUAGUUCAUGCUUCUGACAAAACUGUGGAAGUGAAGCCGGGCAUGAAAGCAAGGUUUGUAGACAGUGGAGAGAUGGCAGAAUCCUUUCCGUAUCGAACCAAAGCCCUCUUUGCCUUUGAAGAGAUCGAUGGUGUCGACUUGUGCUUCUUUGGCAUGCAUGUCCAAGAGUACGGCUCCGACUGCCCUCCACCCAACCAGAGGAGAGUAUACAUAUCAUACCUUGAUAGUGUUCAUUUCUUCCGUCCCAAAUGCUUGAGGACUGCGGUCUAUCAUGAAAUUCUAAUUGGAUAUUUAGAAUACGUCAAGAAAUUAGGAUAUACAACAGGGCAUAUUUGGGCAUGUCCCCCAAGUGAAGGAGACGACUAUAUCUUCCAUUGCCAUCCUCCUGACCAGAAGAUACCCAAGCCCAAGCGCCUGCAGGAGUGGUAUAAAAAGAUGCUCGACAAGGCUGUGUCUGAGCGCAUCGUCCAUGACUACAAGGAUAUUUUUAAACAAGCUACUGAAGAUCGGUUAACAAGUGCAAAGGAACUGCCUUACUUUGAAGGUGACUUCUGGCCCAAUGUUCUGGAGGAGAGCAUCAAGGAGCUGGAGCAGGAGGAAGAAGAGAGAAAGCGAGAGGAAAACACCAGCAAUGAGAGCACAGAUGUAACAAAGGGAGACAGCAAAAAUGCUAAAAAGAAAAACAACAAGAAAACCAGCAAAAACAAGAGCAGCCUGAGUAGGGGCAACAAGAAGAAGCCAGGCAUGCCCAGUGUAUCCAAUGACCUCUCGCAGAAGCUGUACGCCACCAUGGAGAAGCAUAAAGAGGUCUUCUUUGUGAUCCGUCUCAUUGCCGGCCCUGCUGCCAACUCCCUGCCUCCCAUUGUUGAUCCUGACCCCCUUAUCCCCUGUGAUCUGAUGGAUGGGCGGGAUGCCUUUCUCACCCUUGCAAGGGAUAAGCACCUGGAGUUCUCUUCACUCCGAAGAGCCCAGUGGUCCACCAUGUGCAUGCUGGUGGAGCUGCACACUCAGAGCCAGGACCGCUUUGUCUACACCUGCAAUGAGUGCAAGCACCACGUGGAGACUCGCUGGCACUGCACCGUGUGCGAGGAUUAUGAUUUGUGUAUCACCUGUUAUAACACUAAAAACCACGACCAUAAGAUGGAGAAGCUAGGUCUCGGCCUAGAUGACGAGAGCAACAGCCAGCAGGCUGCGGCCACGCAGAGCCCAGGAGACUCCCGCCGCCUGAGCAUCCAGCGCUGCAUCCAGUCCCUGGUGCACGCCUGCCAGUGCCGCAACGCCAACUGCUCGCUGCCCUCCUGCCAGAAGAUGAAGCGGGUUGUGCAGCACACCAAGGGCUGCAAGCGGAAAACCAACGGGGGCUGCCCCAUCUGCAAGCAGCUCAUCGCCCUCUGCUGCUACCAUGCCAAGCACUGCCAGGAGAACAAGUGCCCGGUGCCCUUUUGCCUCAACAUCAAGCAGAAGCUCCGCCAGCAGCAGCUGCAGCACCGGCUGCAACAGGCGCAGAUGCUGCGCAGGAGGAUGGCCAGCAUGCAGCGGGGCGGAGCCGCCGGGCCACAGGGCCUGCCGUCCCCCACGCCUGCCACUCCCACCACACCCACCGGCCAGCCAGCCACGCCGCAGACACCCCAGCCCCCCGCACCUGCCCCACCCCAGCCCACGCCUCCUGGCUCCCUGCCCCCCUACCUGCCCAGGACACCAGCGGCUGGCCCUGUGUCCCAGGGGAAGGCUGCCGGCCCGGUGACCCCCCCAACACCCCCCCAGACUGCUCAGCCGCCCCUUCCGGGGCCCCCACCUGCAGCAGUGGAGAUGGCAAUGCAAAUUCAGAGGGCCGCAGAAACGCAGCGCCAGAUGGCCCACGUGCAGAUUUUCCAGAGGCCGAUCCAGCACCAGAUGCCCCAAAUGACUCCCAUGGCCCCCAUGGGUAUGAACCCACCCCCCAUGGCCAGAGGUCCCAGCGGACAUUUGGAGCCAGGGAUGGGGCCCACAGGGAUGCAGCAGCAGCCACCGUGGGCCCAGGGAGGAGGGCCUCAGCCCCAGCAGCUGCAGUCCGGGAUGCCAAGGCCAGCCAUGAUGUCAGUGGCCCAGCACGGUCAGCCCUUGAACAUGGCUCCCCAGCCAGGAUUGGGCCAGGUAGGUGUGAGCCCUCUCAAACCAGGCACUGUGUCUCAACAAGCCUUACAAAACCUUUUGCGGACUCUCAGGUCUCCCAGCUCUCCCCUACAGCAGCAACAGGUGCUUAGUAUCCUUCACGCCAACCCCCAGCUGUUGGCUGCGUUCAUCAAGCAGCGGGCUGCCAAGUAUGCCAGCUCUAACCCGCAGUCCCUCCCUGGGCAGCCGGCCAUGCCGCAGGGCCAGCCAGGGCUUCAGCCGCCUGCCGUGCCAGGUCAGCAGGGGGUGCACUCCAGUCCUGCCAUGCAGAAUGUGAGCCCCAUGCAGGCGGGCGUGCAGAGGGCCGGCCUGCCCCCGCAGCAGCCGCAGCAGCCGCUCCAGCCGCCCCUGGGAGGGAUGAGCCCCCAGGCUCAGCAGGUGAACGUCAAUCACAGCACCAUGCCUUCGCAGUUCCGGGACAUCUUGAGACGACAGCAAAUGAUGCAGCAGCAGGGAGCAGGGCCAGGCUUGGGCCCUGGGAUGACCAACCAUAGCCAGUUCCCACAGCCCCAGGGAGUUGGCUACACGCCACCACCACAGCAGCCACGGAUGCAGCAUCACAUGCAGCAAAUGCAGCAAGGGAGCCUAGGACAGAUGGGCCAGCUUCCCCCGGCCCUGGGAGCAGAGGCCGGAGCCAGUCUGCAAGCCUAUCAGCAGCGACUCCUCCAGCAGCAGAUGGGGUCCCCUGCUCAGCCCAACCCCAUGAGUCCCCAGCAGCAUAUGCUCCCAAACCAGGCUCAGUCCCCGCACCUGCAAGGCCAGCAGAUCCCUUCUUCUCUCUCCAAUCAAGUGCGUUCACCCCAGCCUGUCCCUUCACCGCGGCCGCAGUCCCAGCCCCCCCACUCCAGCCCUUCCCCAAGGAUGCAGCCUCAGCCUUCUCCACACCACGUUUCCCCACAGACCAGUUCUCCACACCCUGGACUGGUAGCUGCCCAGGCCAACCCCAUGGAACAAGGGCAUUUUGCCAGCCCGGACCAGAAUUCAAUGCUUUCUCAGCUCGCUAGCAAUCCAGGCAUGGCAAACCUCCAUGGUGCAAGCGCCACGGACCUGGGACUCAGCACCGAUAACUCAGACUUGAAUCCAAACCUCUCACAGAGUACACUAGACAUACACUAGGGACACCUUGUAGUAUUUUGGGAGCAAAAAAAUUAUUUUCUCUUAACAAGACUUUUUGUACUGAAAACAAUUUUUUUGAAUCUUUCUUAGCCUAAAAGACAAUUUUCCUUGGAACACAUACGAACUGUGCAGUAGCUGUUUGUGGUUUAAAGCAAACAUGCAAAAUGAACCUGAGGGAUGACAGAAUACAAAGAAUAUAUUUUUGUUAAUGGCUGGUUACCACCAGUCUUUUUUUCCCUUGUGUGUGUGGUUCAGGUGUGCACUGGGAGGCGGCUGAGGUCUGUGACGCCCACCACAUGCUCAUGCCUUGCGCCUCCAAUAGGUUUUAUUAUUUUUUUUAAAUUAAUGAAAAUAUGUAAUAUUAAUAGUUAUUAUUUACUGGUGCAGAUGGUUGACAUUUUUCCCUAUUUUCCUCACUUUAUGGAAGAGUUAAGAACAUUUCUAAAACCAGAGGACAAAAGGGGUUAAUGUUACUUUAAAAUUACAUUCUAUAUAUAUAUAUAAAUAUAAAUAUAUAUUAAAAUACCAAUUUUUUUUCUCUGGGUGCAAAGAUGUUCAUUCUUUUAAAAAUGUUUAAAAAUAAAAAAACUUCCCCACCCUCAAGUCAACUUUUGUGCUCCAGAAAAUUUUCUAUUCCGUAAGUUUGAGCGUAAAAACUUCAAGUAUUAAAAUAAUUUGUACAUGUAGAGAGAAAAAUGACUUUUUCAUAAUAAACAGGGGCAGCUGCCAAAUUGAUGUAUUAUAUAUUGUGGUUCUGUUUCUUGAAAGAAUUUUUUUCGUUAUUUUUACAUCUAACAAAGGAAAAAAUUAAAAAGGGUAAGAAACGAUUCCAGUGGGAUGAUUUUAACAUGAGAAUGUCCCUGGGGUUUCUUCUUUGCUUGCUUUCUUCCUCCCACCCCGCCCCCACCCACCCACACACACACACACACACACACAUUUUCUGUAAAACUUGAAAAUAGAAAGCAGAAACCCUCAACUGUUGUAAAUCAUGCAAUUAAAGUUGAUUACUUAUAAAUAUGAACUUUGGAUCACUGUAUAGACUGUUAAAUUUGAUUUCUUAUUACCUAUUGUUAAAUAAACUGUGUGAGACAGA